AUGGGGUCUGGCUACGCUUUCGAUGAGCAAAGGAAGACGGUUUCGGCUUGGAAUCCACAAACUGAUGUGUGGGCACUCGCACAUGGGACUAAAAUAUCAGCUCUUUGUGUUGCUGGAUCAAGUUUUUCAAUUUUGAUGCGAAUGCGACAAUUCUUCAGCCUUUUUUCUCAGCAGCACCUUCUGGGGACAAUUCUACCGGUUGUCGUGCUUCCGAGUAUGGGAUACAUAAUUGCAAACGACAUUUUUAUUGAACGACCAUUUGUCACACGUCUUAGUAGACCUAAUAUUGGACAACAUUUUUGCUCCACUUGCCUCGAGGUUCGUGGGUCUUUUAUUCAAGCCACGGCAGGAGUUUUUGCACCAUUUUUACUGUCCGUAUUUUCAUGUGCUGCUGCCUCGAUUUCUUACCGCACCUUCCCCGUCCCUGAUCUUGGUGACUUCCGUAAGGUGCUUUCAUUGGUGCGUCGGGCAGGUGGUAGUUUGUCUUCUACUCUUAUUCUGCUCACCUUGGCCAAUGCUUUUGUCGGUGGUUUUAUCACGCUGAGGAUGGCGGAUCAAAGCGCUCUCAUUCGCACUACACUCCGGACCAGCCAUUUAUCCGAAUAA